UCCGCUGCUUUCUCAGCAUCCAUUCCCAGAGACUCUAUUCCGGAGAGGAGCACGCUACAUAACAUGCAAAUUGGAGGAAGAGAGGCGAAAAUCCAUUGAUGAGGGAGGAUACCGUGGAAAAUAGCACAUAAUUGGAGUUCUCUGGCAUCCACUCCCAUCUCUUAUAGCUUUGGCGGAGGUGUGUGAAAGUUUCCAUCUUGGGGGGGACACCCUCCUCUUGAUGUGGGGAUGAACAGCAGAUGCUGAAUUUCACUCUGAGGGCAGGAGAAGAGCUGUGAGGACCGGCUGGAUUCAAGUGCAGUGGAGCUGUCUCUAUCACAUACAUAAGGUGGAAUAUCAAGGGGAAGUAACUCAGAAGAAAUCAUCCCAAACCAGGAAAGUAAAGGGGAAUGGAUUACGUUCAAAUUCAGUGAAGGACAGCCUGAUUACAAUAAGUAAGUUCUAAUCAGAAGCAGCUCUGAUUCUUAGAGACUCGGAGGAUUUUUGCAGUUUUUUUCUCUCUAGUGGAGCAGCAUUGAGCUCAUUGCGUGAGAGCUUAUAUUGUGGACUAUACCGUUUUGGAUGGUAUAUCAAGACUGGAUCUGUGCAGCCGCCUAUCCACUCUGCAAGAAUCAGAUAUGUUCUUCGCCUCAAUACCAGUGUUACCCUGGAGGAAGUGACCUGUGAAUAGAGUCACACUGGGGAUUUUCUAAAGAACUUCUUUCCUUCUGUAACACUGUAUGGACAUCUGACUUUGGGGAGCCUAGUAGAUAAAAUACCAAACAUAGAGACAACCGCAAAAGAAAAGAAAGACGGAUAGACCAUGGCUGAGAGGAUGAUUACUUCUUACAGUGAACCGUGACAUAAUGGUGGACUGUAUGAGCAAAAUCAUGCUGCACACAGUCAUCUCAUGCUGGCAGCCAUUCCUGGGACUGGCCCUCGUGGCUGUCUUUAUUGGUUCUACCUUGGGAUGUCCCUCACGUUGUGAGUGUUCAGCACAGAGCAAGGCAGUUGUCUGUCACCGCAAGCGCAUGCCAAACAUCCCAGAUGGCAUUCCAACUGAGACCAGGAUCCUGGACCUGAGUAAGAACAAGCUGACCAUGAUCAACCCUGAUGACUUUGUUCCCUUUCCUGGGCUUGAGGAACUUGACCUCAGUGGAAAUAUUAUCAGAUAUGUUGAGCCCGGAGCUUUUAAUGCCCUGUUCAACAUGCACUCACUCAAUCUGAAGAGCAACCGCAUCAAACUCCUCCCCCUGGGUGUCUUCACGGCGCUAACAAAUCUUACCCGACUGGAUAUAAGUGACAAUAAGAUCGUCAUCCUCCUGGAUUACAUGUUCCAGGAUCUGCAUAAUCUUAAAUUUUUGGAAGUGGGUGACAAUGAUCUGGUUUAUAUUUCUCAUCGUGCAUUUAGUGGACUUAUAAGCCUGGAGACACUAACCUUAGAAAGAUGCAACCUUACAGUUGUACCUACUGAGGCCCUUUCUCACCUGCACAAUUUAGUCAGUCUCCAUCUACGUUACCUCAGCAUUAGCACUUUGCAUCCAUACUCAUUCAGAAAGCUUUUCCGACUGCAGCAUUUGGAGAUCGAUAACUGGCCUUCACUAGACCAUGUCCCAGCUAACACUCUACAUGGCCUAAACCUGACAACACUGUUCAUAACCAACACCAACUUGUCCUCUUUCCCUUAUCAAGCUCUUAAACAUCUGCCCUUCCUGACACAUCUCAACCUGUCUUACAAUCACAUCAAGCACAUAGAAGGGGGCAUGCUGAUGGAGUUAGUUCGACUGCGAGAGCUGCAUCUAGUGGGAGCUCAACUGAUCACCAUUGAACCGUUUGCCUUCCAAGGACUGCGGGGUCUCAGAGUCCUUAAUGUCUCUCACAACCAACUAGAUACGUUAGAGAAAGGUGUGUUUCAGUCUCCCGAGGCUCUGGAGGUUCUUCUGAUUGACAACAACCCCUUAGUGUGUGACUGUCGUCUCAUGUGGAUCCUACAAAAAAGGCACUCCAUCUAUUUUGGAGAUUCCCAGCCAGAAUGCAGCACACCUGAGGGUAUUCGUGGAAGGCCUUUUAAGGAAUUUAAAGAGACUCUUCUGUCUUACUACGUCACCUGCACAAAGCCAAAAAUUCGUGAGAAUAAAACACAAACAAUUACGGUGGAUGAGGGCCAGCAGGCGAUCCUACGCUGCAGUGCUGAUGGAACACCUAGGCCCAGUGUGUCUUGGUUGUCCCCACGUAGACGAGUACUGACAAGCAGGAGCCAUGGAAGAGUGACGGUGCACAACAAUGGCACACUGGAGAUUAAGUCAGCGGAGAUGCAAGACAGUGGAGUGUACCUUUGCCUUGCCUCUAAUACUGCUGGGAAUGACACCCUGAUGACAUCGCUGGCAGUGAAAAGUCUGGGAUCACUGUAUGCCAACAGGACCCAGUACUACACAGAUCCCAGCAAUACAACGACCAAUGGGACGGCCGGUGUGACCCUUGGUUUGGACUUAAAGACUAUAUUAGUGUCAACAGCAAUGGGUUGUUUCACCUUCUUGGGAGUGGUCUUAUUUUGCUUCCUGCUCCUUUUCGUUUGGAGCAGAGGAAAAGGAAAGCAUAAAAACAACAUAGAUGUUGAAUAUGUGCCUAGGUCAAAGUCUAAUGGCACUAAUGUUGAUUCAGCAGAUGGACAAGCUGGUCCUCGUCGUUUUAACAUGAAAAUGAUGUGAGUUGUUUUUUUUAUACACAUGCAUAUAACUAUAUAUAAAUAUAUAGAGAAAGAAAAAGAUCCAAGACUAAAUCAUGUAAAUGCCCAAAGUACAAUGUAUUUUUUUGAAAAUAGGACGACUGAACUUCUCACUGGUGCAGAGAGAGUGGUCGUGAAAGUCUUUAGGGCAUCAUAAAUUACUGAGCUUAUAUCACUGGAUCUUGACAUUGUGCUUGAAAGCUGUGUUUCAAAUAUGAGAAGGAGAGUGGAACUCUUACAUAAUUGCCAUCUGGCAGCAUCUCAGAUGAGGACUGGAAGCAAUUGUCGCCAUUGGACCUGGAGGAAAAAGGUGUCAUGUAUCAUCUUUUUGAAAUUUAUAUGCUCAAAAGCCCUCAAUUUUGGGUUCACUCUACAGACUCUGCUGAACCAUGUACAGUAAAAAUUUGUAUCUAAGCUAUUAACCUACUUUGUUUAGUCUUGCGCCAUGCUUAUUCACCGAACAAAUCAAUGAAACAGAUUCUUUUUCCUUUUGUUCAGUACUAUGUGUACCUAAUAAUUCAUUAUGUACGCAUAUGUACAUAUUCAUUCAAGAGAACUAUUCAUAGCAAUAUUCAUGGGAUGCAUUAGCCAAAACCAGUAUAAACACAUGUUCAACAAGAACAUUCUUCAGACUUUUCAAGUUUCCAUUGAUUCUGGAAGGGCUUCUAUGGCUGAUUGUCUGUCCUUGUUUCCCCAAUUGAUACUUGGAUAUUAAUGAAUAGAUACAUAUAUAUUAUUUACU